ACCGGGUUUGUUAUAAAAGAAAUGCUUAGGGCCACGGAUUCGGCCCAAAAGCGUCCGCAAACCUACCGCCGCCGCCCCGUCUCGUCUACCACCGCUGGCCCAAAACCUAGUCCUCCAAUUGCCGCCGCCCCAACUCGUCUACCAUCGCUGGCCCAAAACCUAGCCCUCCAAUUGCCGCCGCCCCUGCCGUCGUCGAUCUGCGGCGGCGCCGCCGUUGAAUUGCCCGGUGCUCUUGUAUUCUUCCUCGAGGAGUUUAUUUUUAUUUUUUAUUUUUUGAGCAUAAUGGAAGCAAGUGAUGCAGAACUAAUUAACACGGAAAAAACACCACCUGUUAGAAGGCAUAGGAAAAAAAAGUCAAUGGUAUGGGAACACUUUACUGUUGAAACUGUAUCUGAAGGAUGCAUACGGGCAUGCUGCAAACUCUGCAAACAAACUUUUGCAUACAGUAAUGGAUCGAAGGUAGCUGGUACCAGCCAUCUCAAAAGGCAUAUUUCUAUGGGUUCCUGCCCUAAAAUUAAAAGUCUUGAGAAGCAACAGCUUGCUCUCACACCAGGUGCUAAAAGUGAUGUAGACACUACUGAUCCACCCAAAAAACGUUAUAGAACAUCUUCAUUUGGGUAUGGUUUUGACCAGGAACAGAGUUACACAUUUCUUGCAAAGAUGAUAAUUCUGAACGAAUACCCUCUUGACAUGGUUGAACAGCCUGCAUUUGUGUUGUUCGUUCAGAGUAUUCAACCACGGUUUAGGAUGGUCGAUGCCAAUGCCUUGGAAGGUGAAAUUCUAUCCGUAUAUCACAAGGAGAGGUUACAUCUCAUGCAGGUCUUUGGAAAUAUGUCUGGAAGAGUCGGCCUCACAGUUGGUCUGUGGACCACUAGUCAAACUCUUGGGUAUAUUUGCCUUACUGGACAUUACAUCGAUAGUGAUUGGAAGCUGCAAAAGAAAAUGCUUAACUUCAUGAUGGUAGUUUCUCCUCAUUCUGAAAUUGCUCUUAGUGAAGCCAUUAGUGUCAGCCUUUCAGAGUGGAAUAUGAAAACUAAGUUGUUUGCGAUUACUGUCACUAACAAUUCUUUGUCACAUGAAAUCUAUAGUGCUAGUCUUAGAGAUCAUCUUUCAAAGAAGCACAAAGUGGUACUGAGAGGUCAGUUAUUUGUUGUACGUUGUUAUGCCAAUAUUCUUAAUCUAGCUGCAGAGGUUUUGACUGCUUCAAUUCAUGGUAUAAUAUACAACAUUCGGGAAAGUGUGAAAUUUGUAAAAGCAUCACCAGUGCGGGAUGAAAAAUUUUCUGAGAUUGCCUUGCGAAUUGGACUUCCUGGCACCAAAGCACUUUCUCUUGAUGUUAGAACAUUAUGGAACACCACUUAUCUCAUGCUUGAUGCUGCCUUGGAGUAUAAAGAUGCAUUCACUUCCUUAGACGCGUGUGAUGAUAACUAUAAUGAAGCACCGUCAGCUGAUGACUGGAAGAAGGUUGAGGUUGUUUGCACAUACCUGAAACUUUUACAUGACUCUGCAAACAAUGUCAUGGGAACACCGGAAAGAACUGCUAAUAUAUUUUUUCCAGAAGCAUAUAAGAUCCUGCUAGAGCUUACCAAUGGAACAUCAAGUGAGGAUCCCCUGGUGAGCAGCACCGCAAAGCAGAUGCAUGAAAUGUUUGACGAGUAUUGGAGAGAUUGCAGCCUUGUCCUGGCAAUUGCUGUAGUUAUGGACCCUCGUUUCAAGUUGAAGCUUGUUGAAUUUAGUUACUCAAAACUUUAUGGUGAUGAUUCUACCAGAUAUGUUAAGAUAGUGAAUGAUAGUGUUCAUCAGUUAUAUCUGGAGUAUGUUUCCCAGUCACUUCCAUUAGUGCCUUAUGUAGAUCAAGGUGAUGAUAAUCACAUGAAUGGCAUCGGCAGCAAUCUAUCUUCUUCUCCAAAUGUAUCUGGCUAUGGGCUUAUGGACUUUGAUAUCUAUCUCUCUGAGACAGCUGUGAAUGAAUCAACAAAGUCUGAGUUGGACCAGUACUUGGAAGAGUCCCUUGUCCCCCGGACUCAUGUCUUUGAUAUCUUGAACUGGUGGAAACUCAACAAUAUUAAGUAUCCUACUCUAUCCAAGAUGGCUAGAGAUGUCCUAGCGAUUCCUGUAUCAAGUCCAGAAUGCUCCUUUUUUGGCUCCGGGGCUGGAAGCAGAGAACUUGAUGAGUACCGAAGUUCAUUACGACCUGAGACGGUGGAAGCCCUUUCUUGUGCUAAAGAUUGGCUCCAAUAUUCACCCAUCACGAUAGAACAACCGUCAACUGCUAUAGUCAAAAUGGAACUCUAGUACUCCAUGGCACUGUGGAUCAAGUUAUGAACACUGUUUUCAAGUUGCAAUUCAAGCUGCAUGCCAGUUGUUCACUUUAUUAGACCAAGAUAGGUUUGAGGAGCAGGCUAAGUAGUAGAAAAUGAAAUAGGGAAGAAAAAAAAACCCUGUUAGUAGCAAUCACCAUCUGAGACGUACAGAAAACUACCUUAUUGACUUCAAAUAUGCUCCAUAUGAGAUUGUAACAAGCAAUUGUGUGAGUUAGACUUCUGAUGAAUUUGUUAGAUUGGAUCUGAUUAGUGUUUUGGCAUGUUUCUAAUCUGGAUUAUCAUUAUCAUUAUUGGAUUGAUUUGUUAAGAGGAAGGAGCUAGCGCUAGAUAGACAUCAUGUAGUGUGAAUUCGAGCAUGAUGUCAAGAAUCCAAUUGUUGAGCUUGCAGAUGAAGAUUGCUAGUGCGAGGUUGAAGAAGGCCAAGCGGCACACUAGUGUGAAUUUACAGUCCUCUCGUCUCAAUGAAGUUAAAAGAACUAUUGGUUGAAGUCCAUGGUGCUCAAUUUCAUCAUCACGUGUGUUGUGAACAUCCAGCUUCACCGUUGGCUUACAACAUUAUGCACAUUUCUAUGUGAUAUUGUUAGCAUUGUGUUCAUUUUGAAAUUUGAGCACCUAUGUAAGUGCCAUGCUUAACCGAAUAAUGUGCAACACUGGAUGCACAUUUUGUUGAGAUGUUGGGGACUGCACUCAUAUCGAAAUGAUCUUUGGGUAUCGAUAACAAAGAGUGCUAGAGGAAAUCUCUUGUCCAGCAUUCUCUGUUUGGCCUAUCUACAUGUUGGCAUGUAAAUAAUGCUUCUGUCGUUGUAGUCAUGCAGCUGUUUUUUUGUUAGUUAAUAACUUUUUUGUAGCAUUUUUUUAAAAUCAUAAUAUGCUAUCUUUGGCUACAAA